AGCGUCCCUCUUCUCACGUCUCUUUAGACCUGUUUCUCCAAAGCUAGAUAUCGAAGAAGAAGAAGAAGACAGGUCAAUUGUUCCUCUGUGCACAUGUCGCUCCUUUCAGAUCUCAUCAACCUCAACCUAUCAGACACCACUGAAAAGAUCAUCGCCGAGUACAUAUGGAUCGGCGGAUCGGGCAUGGACAUGAGGAGCAAAGCAAGGACUCUUUCUGGUCCAGUUAGCGAUCCUUCAAAACUCCCCAAGUGGAACUACGACGGUUCCAGCACAGGGCAGGCUCCUGGAGAAGAUAGCGAAGUCAUCCUAUAUCCCCAGGCUAUUUUCAGGGAUCCAUUUAGAAGGGGAAACAACAUACUAGUGAUGUGUGAUGCUUACACCCCUGCUGGUGUCCCAAUUCCAACAAACAAAAGACAUGCUGCUGCUAAGAUCUUCAGCCAUUCAGAUGUUGUUGCUGAAGAGCCCUGGUAUGGCAUUGAGCAAGAAUACACCUUGUUGCAGAAAGAUGUUAAAUGGCCUAUUGGGUGGCCUAUUGGUGGUUUCCCUGGUCCUCAGGGUCCAUAUUACUGUGGUGUUGGAGCUGACAAAUCCUUUGGCCGAGACAUUGUUGAUUCACACUACAAGGCCUGUCUAUAUGCUGGCGUUAACAUUAGUGGUAUUAAUGGAGAAGUCAUGCCAGGCCAGUGGGAGUUUCAAGUAGGACCUGCUGUUGGUAUAUCUGCUGGAGAUGAAUUGUGGAUUGCUCGCUACAUUUUGGAGAGGAUUACAGAGAUUGCUGGAGUUGUCCUGUCUUUUGAUCCUAAGCCAAUUCAGGGCGAUUGGAAUGGUGCUGGAGCUCACACAAAUUAUAGCACCAAGUCAAUGAGGGAAGAUGGAGGGUAUGAGGUGAUCAAGAAAGCAAUUGAGAAAUUGGGGCUAAGGCACAGAGAACACAUUGCUGCAUAUGGUGAAGGCAAUGAACGCAGGCUAACUGGACGACAUGAAACAGCUGACAUAAACACUUUCUUAUGGGGUGUUGCUAACCGCGGAGCAUCCAUUCGUGUUGGCCGAGACACAGAGAAGCAAGGAAAAGGAUAUUUUGAGGACAGGAGGCCUGCAUCAAAUAUGGAUCCAUAUGUUGUGACUUCCAUGAUUGCAGAAACCACAAUCCUGUGGAAACCAUAAGCAACCACCCAAAAUUUGAAACAUUGUUAUUUCUAGCCUGAGUGUAGGAAGAACUCUGUUUCAGUUAGGAACUUUUUUUUUCCUUGUGGUUUAACUUGGUGGCAUAAGAAAGCUUUGUGUUACUUUAUUUCCCUGCUGUUUCGCCAGUUCGCCCUUGUAUGGGAGGUGUAGCAAUGUUGGGUUUAUUGUUUACUAUGCAUUAUGCAGUCAUUCUCUGUUAUGUAUUGAAUAAUUUAAAAGGCUUUAAUAUCAAUAAUAUAAUACUUGUUAUUGGGCA